ACUACUGUCGCCUGCAUUCUCUAAACCUAGAACACAUUUUUGUCCAGAUAAUAUGUAUGUGUUUUAUAUGUGAAUGUGUGUGACUGUGGCACUGUGAGACUCCUCCUUCAAAUCAAACAGGGUUCAUUACAAACUCUCCCCUUCCUUUACUCAUCGUGUACUUUCCCUCCCUCCUUCUCUCUCCCUCCUUAUCUUUUCUAAAGGGAAGUGUUACACUGAGCAGUGUAUCCUGCAGGAGAGAGAGCAAGAGAGAAAGAGAGAGAGGGAGCACGAAAGAGAGAGAGAGAGAGAGAGAGAGAGAGAGAGAGAGAGAGAGAGAGAGAGAGAGAGAGAGAGAGAGAGGAAGGGUUAGAGUGCCUUUGGAGUCUCCAGAACUAUAAGACCUUGGAUAUUAAAAGAUGCAGCCCUGGGAGUGAAAUUUAAUAGUGGAGGAACAUCCAGAGUCUGACAUGCUGAGGUGAAGAAAGGAGCACAUCAACAAACAGGGAGCUGUCAGAGCUCUUGAGAUCAGAGUUGAAGUGAAAGAGAGCUUGAGGGACUAUGAUGAAGAAGAAGGGUGGAAUUGAGGACAGCGCCACACUGAUCACUCUGUCAGAGCUCCAUGACCCCAACUACGGAACCAUUGACGGAAGUGGAGCUCCUCAGAAGGAUAGAAAUGUGUUCAGUGAUGGUGUCACACGCAUUGAUUUUGUAUUAGUAUGGGAUGAGCCUGUGACUCCUUUGAAGGCUUCGGAACCGGAGGACAAGACAUCCACCCAGGCUACUCACAGGAAGUGGAGGGAAGAAUUCCUGUCUAAACUACAAACUGCUGGACUCCAACAGGAGCAGAAAGAAGUUGUGCAGAGCAAGACAAAGACGACCUACGUGCUCCUGAGCGCCCCCUGGAAUAUACUGUGUUAUUAUGCUGAAGAGAUCAGCCUUCGUGUUCCACUACAGGUUGAGACGAAUGAAGAUUCCAAUUGGUCAGAGAAAAUCCUGCAUAAGUUACACAUCCCCAACAUCCUCGCCCAACAAGUUCCCAACCCUCCACCAGACUACUACACCUGCCAGUUCCACACCAAAAAGCUGGAGAGGUUUCUUGACCACGAAAAUAAGGACACUUUUUUCAAGACCACGCAGAGGCAUCAGAUUCUUUAUGAAAUAUUAUCUAGGACACCAUACGGUGCAAUGAAGCGGGGAGAGGUUGGAAUAGCCCGGCUGAUCACUGAGGGAGCGUUUACUGCUGCUUAUCCUUUACAUGAGGGUCCAUAUCAUAUGCCCAGAGGUCCGGCUGGUCCUGAAUCUCUUAGCACACGGCAGAUCCUGUAUCAGUACUGGGCACGCUGGGCCUGCUGGAAGAAGUACCAGCCUCUGCACCACAUCCGCGAGUACUUUGGUGAAAAGGUGGCCCUCUACUUUGCCUGGUUGGGGUUCUACACUGGGUGGUUACUUCCUGCUGCAGUCGUGGGAUUUUUCCUUUCUUUAUUUGGAAUCUGGUUAAUGGUCACAGAUGUGCCAGCGCAGGAAGUUUGCCAUAAUGGUGAGAACAUUGUCAUGUGUCCACUAUGUGACAUCUGUAGCUACUGGAACCUCUCCAGCAUCUGCACCACUUUCAGAGUUGGUUUAUUGUUUGACAAUGGAGGGACUGUCUUCUUCAGUAUUUUCAUGUCUUUAUGGGCGGUCACCUUUCUGGAGCACUGGAAGCGUACCUGUGCUGUGCUGAGCCACAGAUGGGACUGCUCUGAGUUUGAGGAGAGUGAGGAAAGGCCAAGGCCAGAGUUUGCCGCCAUGGCACCCACAACCAUCCGCAAUCCAGUGACAGGAGCUGAGGAGCCCCAUUUCCCUGAAACCAGUCGCUUCAGACGCAUUAUAACUGGUAACAUGGUCAUCAUCAUCAUGGUUGCUGUUGUUUUGAUAUUUCUGAUUGCAAUUAUCCUUUACCGGAGCAUCCUGAGCAUCAUCAUCUACAAAUCUCAUAACGCCUUCUUUAUAUUCUCUGCUGGCAGGAUAGCAAGUCUGACUGGUUCUGUGCUGAAUCUUGUGGUGAUUCUGCUGCUGUCUAAAGUCUACACAUAUCUAGCACAAAUCCUGACCCGCUGGGAAAUGCACCGCACUCAAACAAAAUAUGAAGAUGCCUUCACCCUUAAGGUGUUUAUCUUCCAGUUCGUCAACUUCUACUCUUCUCCUGUGUACAUAGCUUUUUUCAAAGGCAGGUUCGUUGGAUACCCUGGAAAUUACUACAAACUUUUUGGGAUUCGAAAUGAGGAUUGUGGUGCUUCAGGAUGUCUUAUUGAGCUUGCCCAAGAGUUGUUGGUCAUAAUGGUGGGCAAACAAGUCAUCAACAAUGUUCAAGAAUUUGUUCUUCCUAAGAUAAAGGCAUGGUGGAACAAGAGGAAACUUCACCCGACUCAGAGAGAGAACGGGGCAAACAUCACAGAGAAUGUGGCACCCUGGGAAACAGACUAUGAGUUGUUGAUGUGUGAAGGCCUGUUUAGUGAAUAUCUGGAAAUGGUCCUGCAGUUUGGGUUCAUUACAAUCUUUGUGGCAGCCUGUCCCCUGGCACCAUUCUUUGCCCUGGUGAAUAACUGGGUGGAGAUACGUCUGGACUCACAGAAAUUUGUUUGUGAAUACCGCAGGCCUGUAGCAGAGCGAGCCCAGGACAUUGGAAUAUGGUUCACCAUUCUACAGGUCAUCACCUAUCUGGCUGUGAUCAGCAAUGCUUUCUUGAUUGCAUUCACGUCUGAUUUCCUGCCGCGCCUCUACUACCGCUAUACCACUGAGGGAAGCCUGCGAGGCUACAUGGAUUUUACCCUCUCUGUUGCCCCCAACAACUUUACCCAGAGUCAUAUGCAGUGCAGGUAUCGAGGCUUCAGAGAUGAUAAAGGACAUCACACUCCUGAGUACUAUAACCUGCUGGCUAUUCGAUUAGGUUUCGUCAUUAUAUUUGAGCAUGUGGUUUUCUUGAUUGGUCGCAUGAUUGAUUGGAUGGUUCCAGACAUUCCAGAGGAAGUGGAGAUAAAGAUCAAGAGAGAGCAGUACAUGGCUAAAAAAGCUUUGGCUGAAAACCAGUCCUUAGAAGAAGUGCUUCUGAAUGAGACGCCACGGCCUAACUCUGAGCUACGACACAGAGGAAGAUCUGCAGCUUCAUCUCGUGACACUGACUCUCCUCCUCCCAGUUUGACUCCCGUACCUGAGGACACAUCAGAACCAGUAUAAGAAGUUAUCCUAUUCAAAAACACAUAACUGGCCAACUGGACAACACAAGCACAUGCAGGCACAUCCUCAGUGAUCAGGACUGAACUCAACCGAGUCAAAUAAGUUCAGAUAAAAAUGUUUCUUAAAUAUUUUUGUAUUUCAUUGCAGGACUUACUUUUCAUUUUGGAAGAAAGAAGAUAUAUUGUAAAUAUAACAUUUUAAAAUGAGAUAUGGACACACUCAACAGCCUUGUGUUUUUUUUAAAUGAAAAUGCAAAUAAGGACAGAAGAACUGCAAGUGGGGCACAGGGCAGAUGUUAAAUGCUUCAUCAUCCCGACAUCAUCAAUAUACUGUAUAUAAGACACUUUUCUGUAAACGAAGCUGAAAAGCUUCAAAUAAACAGCAGUGUUUCAAAAAUG